CUACAGGUACGACCCCCACAGUGACCCCCGCCUCCACCCGGGCCAAAUACGUGAGGUAUGCCUCUGAAAUGACACUGACAGUGAGGCUGCAGAAUGGACAGACAGGGGAGAACACUGCCAAUAAAGAGGGCAGAAUCUUUCCUCCAUACCUCCAGAUAAAAUAUCUGACGGCCAAGGAGGAAGACAUUGGAACUGGGAUUGAAGUGGAUUUCUCCUUUUCCACAGUGUACACAAUGCCCCAGGAGAAGUUCAGCCAGGACGUGGGUAUCGCCAUGGCGGUCUUUGGUGUCAUGGCGGCCAUUUGGGGUCUUGUGAGAACGUGGUCAUGGUACAAGAGGACCGGCAGAGUGGGCAUCGACUUUCUGACCCUCAUCAAAUUUGUGCUGUACUCCAUGGGGGCAGUGGGAAACGCAUUCUUUGUGGUGAUGAUGGGGGCAGCCUUCUGGUUUCUGUUGUUUUUCAAGAACCAAGGUAUAGCGUUACUCGUCCCUCAAACCAGAGAGCAAGAGAACAUCUAUGUCAUCUACAUCUCAGUGGCAUUUGCUCUGAAAGUCAUAGAUCUCAUCCACAUGUUCAUCAUGCACAGCACCAUAGACAUAUUCCUCAUAGACUGGGAACGCCCUAAAGGUAUGACCAAAAAGGAAGAGGGCGUCGUCGAGGAACCUGUUUCAAUAUGGCGGACAUAUUUCGUCGCAAAUGAAUGGAAUGAGAUUCAGACGUUCAGGAAGAUCAAUACAAUAUUUCAGAUUAUGAUGGUGGUGUUUUUACUUCACGUUGUUGGGUUUGAGAACUACGCGACAAGGGAUGCGUACAGUCGUCUUCACUUCUCCGACACCAACUACCGCGCCCCCUACAGUCUGGUGUUUAGGUUUGCUCUUGGAGCCACUGUUUAUCUGUUGACAGGGAUAGUCCAGUGGAUCUGGUUCACGUUCUUCUACGAGCGUUUCAUCUCAGACCCAGUGCGUGAGUUUGUGGACCUGUGCUCCAUGGCUAACGUGAGUGUGUACAUCAUGGAGAACUAUCUGUACGGCUACUACAUCCAUGGGAGGUCUGUCCACGGCAAGGCUGACACUGGACUCAAGGACAUGUUUGACAACUUGAAGAGGGAGGAGAAUAACAUGUGUGGCCAGAGAGGCCUGUUACCCAACACAGAUCAGCAGACAUUCCGUAUGGCACUGCCCCGGAGGAUGAGGCAGCAGUACGACAAGAUCCUCUUGCCACUCCAGGCACAGGCUGGUCAACCCCAGAGCCGUAUGGACAGAGGACCCAGUGGACAGGGGGCCUCACAGUUUGAGAAGGCGGUCACUGCGUAUGAAACGGUCAACAGGCUGCUGUCCUCUUUCAUUGAUCAUGCCCUCCGUGAUAUUGACUACAUAGUAAAAGAUAAACUGCUAUUUGAAAAUAUACUGGAUGCAGAAUUUGAAGACACCACCCUCAGAGGCCAUUUUUAUAAUGACAGUGGUCAUUCCUUUGACGGUGUUCUUUUCUAUGGCAAUGAGGUGACACUGUUCAUAUUUGAUCUCCUGUUCUUCAACAUUGUGGAUCUGAUAGCACAAAACUUUGUCCUGGCCGGUGUUCUCACUUAUGUUAUGACUCAGCUCAUUGUGAUGCUUCGGGACUUCAGUGGGAAGAAAAAUCUUGCCAAAAAGACAUUAGUGGAUGAACGCUUCCUGAUAUAGAGUCCAGUUUUUUUCCUGUACUUAUUCAGUUUGAGGAAUUGAUGAUCUCCAUUUGUUCUUUUGCAGUUAGACAGUAGAAGUUAUUUUUUUAAAAGGAAACUAAAGUAGAAGGCCUGCAUCAAAUUUUGUAUUGUAUGCUUGUUGACCUGACAUUGUAAAGGUCAACUUAAUAAUACCUUGAUUUUACCAUUGUUCAGCACUUUGCUUAUAAAGAGAACUGAAUUUGCAGAAAGUCUAGAGCUUACAUUCGUGCUGUGUGUUAUCCAUCUUGCAGCCUUACUUUUCGUUCGAAUCAGCAGAACUCGUGAUGUUUAACAAAGGUUAAUGUGCAUAUGACUUAAUUAAAUUUUAUCCUUUGGUUUAUGAAAUACAAAGGUGUCAGCAGAUUUUAUGUUCUUUCACAAUGUUAUUCCAUUUUGAUGCCAGAAAGAUUAAGAAAUGGUUUGUAUCAAAUUUAAUUUUAAUGUGUAAAUCUGUGUAUUUUGUACAUGUAUAGGACUUUUGUAGUGUAUAUUUAUGUAUAGUGCACAUGUGUCUGUGUGAUAUAUGAAGUGGUGCCAAUAGCAGUAACCAUUAUAUAUUUUUGUUUAUGAACUCUUGUGAACAUGAUAAAUGUAUAUUUUGUGUAAUUGCUUUGGAUAUUAUGCAUUUUAUUAUUAAAUGCCUGAAUAAUUAUUUUUUAAAACGAUACACUUGUAAAGAGAUGUUUGUGUGUGAAAUUAUAUUCUGUUGUCCGUCCAUUGAACAAAAAUAAAGAGAAACAUGCUUGAAUUUGGAAA